AUGGAAAGUAAGAAUCAAACAAAGCUGAAAGAGUUCAUCCUUUUGGGACUCUCAGAUGACCCUAAACUGCAGAUGCCACUCUUUGCUGUGGGGCUAUUGCUCUAUGUGCUCACCUUGACAGAGAAUCUGGCCAUCAUGAGUUUAAUACAAGUUGACCAGCACCUCCACUCACCUAUGUAUUUUUUCCUGAAUAACCUGUCUUUUACGGAAAUCUGCUACAUCACCACCACCAUGCCGAGGAUGUUGUGGGACCUCCUGUCAGGGGACAAGACCAUCUCUUUUGCUGGCUGUGUGCUCCAAAUGUACUUCUUUCUAACCACGGCUGCCACUGAGGGUGCUCUACUCUCGGCCAUGGCAUAUGACCGCUAUGCUGCCAUCUGCCACCCACUGCGCUACACCUUGCUCAUGAAUCAGCCUGUCUGCAGAUCACUUCUGGCAGCUUCAUGGUUCAUAGGAAAGCUCAAUGCCAUUGUCAAUACCACCUUUGUCUUCUCCCUGAACUUCUGUGGUUCCAAUAAGAUUGUGCAUUUCUUUUGUGACAUCCCACCAAUCCUACAUCUUUCCUGUUCUGAUACCUCCCUGGCUGAGUUAGUGACUUUCAUAACCUCUGGCAGCAUCAUGAUAACUACAGUCUCCUUAAUUGUCCUCUCCUACUCCUUCAUUGUCUCAGCUGUGCUCAAAAUCCAUACAGCUCAGGGGAGAGUCAAGACAUUUUCCACCUGUGCCUCCCACCUUACAGUUGCAAGCAUCUUCUACAGCACUGCCAUCUUUACCUACCUGCGACCCUCCUCUAGUCAUUCUGUGGAACAGGACCGCCUGAUCUCUGUAUUGUACACAAUUAUCACUCCUUUGCUGAACCCCCUGAUCUACAGCUUCAAGAACAAGAAAAUGCAAGCUGCAUUUCUGAAUGUUCUUAGAAAAAAAAAGGACAUUAUCUUCUCUGAAUGCUCGAGUUUCCUUUUUAGUGGCCAUGUUACAUUAAGAAACAUCAGAAGAAUUAAGUGGGAAAUACUUUUCAUUUAUUGGCUUGUUCAUGAACCACAGUUAUCAUUCUGA